UCGAAAUCUCCCCCAAAGUAAAAUUGGUACAGGUUGCCCCAAAUUUAUACUACGUUUGUCCGCCCGUGUUCUUCUCCUCUUCUCCGUGCGGUUUCGUUUACUUUACUAGACGCGGCGGCGGCGGCGGCGGCGCCACCGCUCGCCGACCCGCCCGUGUUCGCCGGCUGCUCACCGCUCCACUGACCGUACCCGCGUCUGCUCAUCCCGCGCCGUCCGCCACAAACCCCACCUGCUCGCCCGCGCAUCCGCUGUAGCUCCUCCCUUGCUCACCCGCGCUUCUCCCGUGAAGAGGCCGGGAAGGAGCAGAGGGGCCCCGGCGGGGCAUGAGGACAGACGAAGUGAAGAUGCGGCGCUGCUGGGAGAGAGGGAGUUAGCAAGAAUAAACAAGGAACUUUUUGAGAGGAGGAACCUUUUAUUUAUUUAUUUAGUAAACUAAUAAAAUCGAAAAUACUGACCAUACGGAAGAUGAGCUCCACUCAAUUCGCUAUGGUUGAGGAGCUGGCCUCACUCAUCAAAGACAACCUCUACAGCAAGCACCUCGUCCUCUCUACUGAGGAAACCCUCGUUGGGGUCCUACAGAACCAGUACCACAACUCUGACGACGAGGAUGAUACGGUUGCAGCAUACCGCAGGACAAAUAGGAAUAUCAUCGAGCUCCAGCCUGCCAGCUCCUAUCAACGUCUUCUUUUGCAUCGCCUUGCAGACAUCUACGGGUUUGUUCAUGAAUCUGUUGGUGAAGGUGAAGAUCGACACUUAGUUCUCCAGCGCUGCCCUGAAACAGCCAUCCCACCUGUCCUUGUCAGCGAUGUAUUAUGGGAGUAUGACAACGAAGAUACAUCGACAUCUGUUGUGGUAAAGAGGAAAGAUACAGAUAUUGAAGAAGCUUGGAAGGAAGAUGCCCAAGAAAAUAUUUCUGCUGAAAGCUCACAUCUGAAAAAUGAUGCAGAUUUGAAGGAUUUGCAGCAGUCAGCUGCACUUCCAGCACUGUCACUCAAGGAGAGGGAAGCCGCUUAUCAAGCUGCUCGUGAGCGGAUCUUCUCAACGCAUGAUGCCAAGGGAAAGGAUACGGCAGUCGUAAAACCUAGGCAUGUUCCUGCUGUUGCUCGACGGAUGAUCGCACAUGCACUUGGCAAAAAGUUUGAGAGUCCGACAGAGACUGCAGUUGUGAUGAAUGGCAAAGGAAAGGAGCCAGCGGAAAGUACUAGGAGCAAGUUAAACCCAGGCACAACAGGUAGCAAGGAAGAUACCAGAUACGUUGAGAAUGACAGGAUGAGGUCGCACAACAGGGACCAAGUUGAGCAGAGCUGGCGUGCAAGUAACAGCAGAGCUGCUAGUAGUGUUAGCACUGAUGAGCUGAAGAGGGAGCAGGUUGGCGCGGCAAAGAGGAUAUUUGCACAUGCACUGCGACUGCCUGGUAUUGAUGGAAGUGACGGUUCAGUGCAGAAAGGCAGGAUGGGAUAGGAGGCUCUCAUGUGUAGUGUAGCUGUGCAGGUAGGAAGCAGGAGUGGACUGAAAUAGCAUCGGGAUUAUAUUUUUCUGUGAAAUUAUCCUGGUAGAAAAUGAGAUGGAAGUCCUGUGUUGUUUGGCUCCUCUAUUCCAGAGUUCCUUGGUGGAAGAAGAUCAAGGCGCAAAACUCUUUUUGUUGGGGUGGCCCAAGCGGGUCCCCGAUUUUCAUUAAGAGAGGGAAUGUACAAGUAUACAAAGUAGAGCAGCAACUACUGCCUAAGAACAGUAGUGGAAUAAUAAGGCGCAAAACUCAAUGCUGGGGGGAUAUGCAAGUGGAAAUGGUGAGAGUUGGCUGCUGAUGGCAGCAGUUCUGGCAGGACCGAGUGCAAUUGGCAGGUCCUUAUUUUUGCCUGAAGCUGCAAUUGUCAGGUUUUAUCUUCGCCAGAAGCUACAAAGGGAGCAGAUGCCAAAUUUUAGCUUUAUUUUGCUGCAGCCAGACAAGCUGGGGAGGCACGAUGAUCCGCCUACUUUUUGAUGGUUUCAGUAGUAGAGUCUAAUUUUCAUUUGCUGCUGGUUACUUAAAUGGGUAAAUACACAGGAGUGUUUUCUUUAAUUUAAAGAGGACUUGUAUAAAUACAUGUUCAUGUAAUUGGUUUCUUCAAAAAAUACUAUAAUAUGUGUUAAUGCCACAGCAAAAUUCGGUAAUACACGUG